GGGAGGGGGAAGCCAUCUUGUUUUCCCUGAACUGCAGACAGCGAGAGAGACUGUGUCCGAAGGGUUAUGUUUUAUAUAGAAAUAAACACAUAUUUCUAAAGCUAGUUUAGCUUUUCAAAGAGGUUACGGGGAUCUCAUUAGCAACGCACACAGCAGCAGCAGGCUGCAGGUUUUGUUGGUUUAUUUUAUCUGUAUAGGAGGGUAUGAUGAAUGGAGGAUAAAUGGUGCCCAAAGCUGACAGCAGCAGUUUCGUCCUCCUCCUCUCUCUUCUUUUUGCAUUGAGUCUCACGGAUCCACCACGGGCAGGUCCACGGCUAGCUCUGGCACGACUGUUGUCAGAGCUCCGGUGUAACCCUGGCCAGUUUGCCUGUCACAGUGGCACGAUCCAGUGUAUCCCCUUGUCCUGGCAGUGUGAUGGCUGGCCAACCUGUGAAGAUGAGAGUGAUGAAGUGGACUGCCCCAGUAUAACUGUGGAUCAGAAAUCCCGACAUGGGAAGGAGAACACUGAUAACAGACACAACCAUGGCAGAGCAGGAGAGGCCCCCCAUUUUCACGCUGGCAGCGGAGAGAAAUCUCUGCCCUUUAGCAGGAAGUGUCCUACAGGCUGGCAUCACUAUGAGGGAGCAGCCAGCUGUUACAGGGUGUAUUUAAACAGUGAGAACUACUGGGACGCUGUUCAUACAUGCCAGAGAGUCAACGGGUCCCUAGCUACGUUCACGACCGACCAGGAGCUGAGGUUCAUUCUCGCACAGGAGUGGGACUUUGAGGAGAGAACUUUUGGACGCAAAGACCAGCGCAGGUUUUGGGUUGGUUAUCAGUAUGUCAUCACAAACCGAAGCCGCUCACUAGAAGGACGCUGGGAAGUGGCUUAUAAAGCAGGUUCCACAGAGGUAUUUUUACCCCCAGAGAGGGUGCCUAUUUUUGGGACAACAAUGCCAGAUCAUGAAAAUGUUUUAUGUGCACAGCUGCAGUGGUUCCAUUUACCAACAAUUCGCAACUAUGGGCUGCACAGUUGGUAUGCCGAAAACUGCUAUGAGAAAUCUGCUUUCCUCUGCAAGAGAAGCCAGACGUGUGUGGAUAUCAAGGAUAACGUUGUGGGUGAAGGUUUCUACUUCACUCCAAAGGGCAAUGACCCCUGUCUGAGCUGCACAUGUCACAAGGGCGAGCCGGAGAUGUGUGUGUCGUCUCUGUGCGAUCGACCUCACGGCUGCCAGCACUUUCGCAAAGACCCCAAAGAGUGCUGCAAGUUCACCUGCCUCGACCCAGAUGGAAACAGUCUGUUUGACUCGAUGGCCAGUGGGAUGCGCCUGAUCGUCAGCUGCAUCUCCUCUUUCCUCAUCCUGUCUCUGCUGCUGUUCAUGGUGCACAGACUCCGCCAGAGACGCAGGGAGAGAAUCGAGUCUCUCAUCGGUGGAAACUUGCACCACUUCAACCUGGGUCGCAGAAUGCCAGGUUUGGAUUACGGACCGGAUGGGUUUGGCACAGGUCUGACUCCGCUGCACCUUUCAGACGAUGGCGACGGAGGGGCUUUUCACUUCCAUGACCCUCCACCUCCUUACACUGCCUUCAAAUACCCUGAUAUACAGCACCCUGACGACCCCCCGCCCUCUUAUGAGGCUUCCCUCAACCCAGCAACCAUACUGAUUGUCAGUCUAAAUGAGAACAAUUCUCAGACACAUCAGAGCAUUCAGCCACCUAUAGAAACCAGUGAUCUUCACCAGGAAACGACGGAGGAAAGAGCAGAGGAAAGUUCCACUUUGGAACAUUCUUCAGAAGAACUCGAGGAUUCCAUCAACAGUAGUACUCUGCUAGUCCCACCAGAUUCACCUACUGAUGAAACUACAGCAACAGAAACUGCAGUGACAAGCUGCGACAGUAACUGUUCACUAAAUACUGUGGUAUAAAAAACAAAAUUAAAGGUUAUUUUGCGGUCGAAUAAGUAGAGGAGCUAUUUGCACAUUGCUAUACAGAGAAGAGGAACGCUAGUCAGACGUCUUUAGGAGUGUUACGAAAAACACUCUGCUUUUAUGUUUCAGUUUAGCUUCACUUUUUUUGUUGUCAUGUAAAUACAGAUUGUGAAAUCCCUGCAUGUUUCCAUGGAGGAAACUAAAACAAGGUUCUUUAGGAAAUUAGAAAACAAAGAAACGAGGCAGCUUCUUUAUAAAGAAACCAUUAAUUUGCAUCUGAAUGCAGAUUAUCUUGAGUAAAAUGAACUUGGGACUGAGAGCUGAAAGACUGAACUGUGGCAAAAUUUCUGUGUGUUUAAUACAUACCACCCGCACAGAGAGCUGGAAACUUUAGAAGGCUUGAGCUUUCUCUCCAGUAAAGGCAGAACGAUCCUCAAAAAUCUAAUUGGAUUUCAGAAUGCGUUUUUGUGUUUCUUUUUGUAAAUAUGGGUCUCUACAUUUUGUUUUGAUCUAAUGAGCUGAUGUGCAGAGUUUCUGUGUCUAGAGAAAGACAGGGAAGUAGAAAGGAUCUGUUUGGACUUUGCAGUGGUCGGAUUAAAAGUUAAUCGAAAGGCUGCAAGUGGUCCUUGCCAAUGCAACAAGUUAAUUGUAUAGUAAUCAGUAGCAUUGACUCCCCCAGAAUUGUUUUUUUUUUUUUUGGGGGGGGGGGUAGAUGUGAGAUGUACUUCCACGUUCCAUACCGUUUUGUGUAGAUUUGAAAAAAUGCUGAAAGUACAUUUUGAGAUUAUUUUACAUUGGGUUUCAUCUGCUUCAUCUCGAUGGGAGAAAACUAUAUUUGUUAUAGUGUAACAAUUUCUAUUGGUGGCGUCUUUCUUUCUUUGUGAACUAACUAUUACCCUCCACAUAAAAAGGACUUGGUGUAGUUGUUUUAUACUAUGCCUUAAUACUAGUAUUUUUUUGUUCUAUUAAAUGCUUACAGUUUAAAUGAUCAUGAAAAAGUAUAGCUGUUUUUUUUUCCUGUGGCAGACAGUUCAAAACUGAACAUUUUGCACAUCACUGAUGUAUUGAAGCGGCUUCUGUGCAUUUCUGGAUUAUUUGGAAAAAUAAAAAGACAAAUUCUGAGGCUUUUAUUAAAUCAAUGGACAAACACAUCUUUACAUUUCUGUAUCUUAAAAUGUAGUUUUUUUUUUUUUGGUGGAUUAGUGGGGAUACAUUUUAUUGGCAAAUGAAUGGUCCUAUCACUGAAUUGUUUUAGAUUAUAUUUUUUCAAUGGUGUAUAACGGGCCAAGCAGACACUGCUUGCAUUUUCCAUGUAGAAGCAUUCAAAGUGUAAGUGGUAUAGUGUUAACAAACCUAACCUGUCUUUUACAUGCAGCAUUUAUACAGUUUCUGCCAAUCAAAACUAGGACAACACCCACACAGACUAAUAUGUGUAGCUGUACGGAUAACUGUAAUGAUUUUAAACAUAUUUCAUUCUAUGCCAGUCAAAGCAGGACCAACACUGAUCAAAGGGACUGGUUAGUUGCACAAUAGGGUCAAUUAAACAAUUUGGAACAUUGUUGGAAUAAGUACCCUAGUCUGGAAGUGUUCUAUCCCUGUUUCUGUAUAUAAGACACAUUGAUUGGAAUGCUUCUAUCCAUGGUGAAGUUCAAUGCAAGGUCAUGGUUUGCCCUGGAUUGGGUUAAUAAUUCCGGUUCUGUAGAAACUCCAGAGUCAUGGUUUUUUUAACCAUCUUGGUACUAGAGAAAAUGCUACUCAUGGUCUAAUUGAUCUGUAGCUUCCUGAUGGAAUCCAAUAUCGGAACUCCAUUUUAGUCACCUGUGUUUCAAUGGCUCAGAGUACCCACAUUGGUUGCAGACUGUAGCGCAGUAUAGAAUAAAUUUCAAUUGGAAAUAUUCAAACAUCACACACUUACUUACUACCUAUAUAUACCAUGUUCACAAUAUUUCUGUAUAAUCUGGGUCUGUUUUGGGCCCCUGUGGGCAUCCAUGUAUUUUUAUUUUAUUCUGUCAGUCAAGUUUGAUUUUACAAAUGUUUGCAGUAGUUAGAGUAAAUUGAGAUACGAUUAAACUGUGGCAGUGUAACAAAACAAAUGUUGAUAUGAAAUGAUAUGCUGUAAUAACAUUUGAUACUGUUGAUUCUGUACCUGUCAUUUUUUAUUAGGUUUGUUUUCUUUUUCCUUCACAGCACUAAGAAUAAAGUUUUGUUCUCCAGUGGCUGUAACGUUUCAUCCAAAUGCCAAAUAAAUUGCAUCACGAAGGAGAAA